CCACUUCAUCUUGUUGCAGUCGCCACCGCUGGCCACUAUCUAAAAAGGCAAAUUGGUUCAUGGACUCUCCAGAUCUCCGCCCGCUUCAUCCUCUUCCUCUGCAAAAACCUUCUGCACCAAAACAAGAAAUAGCCUUCCACCUGCAAAUGGAGACUUCCCCACUCCCCAUUCUCUCGACCGCUCUUCUAAUAACUCUCUACUUCUUCUUCCGCCACCUCCGCUGCCGGCAAGCCCACAAGCUGCCGCCCGGGCCAGCGGCGCUGCCAGUCAUCGGGAACCUCCACCAGCUGGGCAACCUUCCCCACCGCCGCCUCCACAGCCUCGCCAAGUCCUAUGGCCCCAUCAUGUUCCUCCGCCUUGGCAACAAGCCGACGGUAGUGGUCUCAUCGCCGGAGGCGGCUGAGCUGGUCCUCAAGACCUAUGAUGGCAUCUUCUCGAGCCGCCCGAGCGUGGACGCCCUGCACCACUUGUCUUACGGCAACAAGGGGAUGGCGUUCGCGGAGAGCGGUGCAUAUUGGAGAGGCAUGAGGAAGCUGUGCACUCUGCAGCUGCUGAGCCCGGCAAAGGUUGAGUCUUUCGCACCAAUGAGGAGGGAAGAGCUGGGGAGGGUGGUCAGGAGGGUGAGGGCGGCGGCGGCGGCGGCGCACGAGGCGGUGGACGUGAGCGCGGAGGUGGGGCAGCUUAUCGGGGACUUGGCAUGCAGGAUGAUAUUGGGGUGCAGCACAAGGGAUAAGUUCAACUUGAAGCCUGUGAUUCACGAGGCUCUGAACUUAGCCGGGGCUUUCAAUUUGGCAGACUAUGUGCCUCUUCUUGGAGCUCUCGAUCUUCAGGGAAUAACUCGGCGUGCAAAAGCUGUCAAUCGAGCCGUGGAUGAGGUACUGGAGGACAUCAUUAGUGAACACGAGGAAGACACAACUGAAAAUACGAGGGCAACUUCAAGACACGUUGCGGGCAUGGGCCACCAAUAA